AAAUGUUGUGUAGGUAAUUAUUAACCUUGACUAGUUGGGGCUCCGUACAUAAUUACCUCAUUCUCAGUGCCCCGAUUUUAUCUUGAGCCUUGGCAUUUCAAAUUGUUGUUUUGUAUGCACCUUUACCGACGAAUAUUCAUCACCAAUCGAGAUAACCCAGCAAAUGAUUGCCCAGAAUAUAGCCGAAUGUGUAUCCCGCGUCCCUUCCUCAAUCAAGACGCCAUCCUAUGGAGCAAAUAACUGUAGUUGACUACUUGGACAUAACACUGACACCGCCCAAGUGCGCUAGGCUAGCCUAAAAGUUGAUCCUUCUUAGGCAGCAGCAUCCAUUUCAGCAGCUUAAUCCGUUGCCAGCCUCUGGCAGGCCGUGACUUCUCGAUUGUCUCACCAAGGACUUGAGCAUGACUUCCUACAAUGGUCAGGAAUUGCAUUUUGAAGAAAGAAAUAGCUUAGGCACGGACACGAUCCUGUUUUUGCAUGGCGGUGGCUCGUGUGGUCUCGAGUGGGAUUUGGUGGCCAACGAUGUGUCUCUCGCAUCCUACCACCUGAUUUUGGUCGACCUCCCGCAUCAUUCUGGAUCGCGUCACUUGGCGCCGUUCUCUCUCCCAGCUGCCGCCGACGCGGUUGUUGACACUAUCGCGAAACAUGCGCAAGACGGCAAAGCGCACAUUGUUGGCCUGUCGCUCGGCGGUUUCGUGGCGCUGGAUCUUACAGCCCGGCAUCCGGAAGUCGUACUCAGCUGCUUUGUUACAGGCGCCGUGCCCUGGCAGGGCUUAUACAGAUGGUUCGGAGAGCGACCGAAUCUCGUAUGGUGGGUCGGCCGCUUGCAGAGCGCUGUACCAGGCCUGGACAGAUGGGCGGAGAGAGCGCAAGGCUUGAUGAUUAGCCCCGCUCUCAGGGCAAAGUUGGAAGAAAAUAAGUGCAAAAUUCUGUGUCUAGAGGUAUUUCACGCGAUUACUAACCAGUUUGGUUGGGACACCGUCGAGCGUGUAGCCGAUUCCGGCGUCAGGACAUGUGCUGUGGCUGGCUCGAAAAUGGAUCAAGUUGCCGCUGUCAAGAAGAUGGGCCUCAUGCUCCGUAAUGGGGGGAAGAAGAAGGGUAUCACCAAUAUGGCAGUGGAAGUGAAAGAGGCAGUGCAUUGGUGGAAUAUCCAACUUCCAGCUCUCUUUGCGAGUGGUAUAAAUGCUUGGGUCCGCGAGGAACAAUUACCUCGGGAAUUCAAAUCUUUGUAACCAACUUUUAUUAUACACUUAGUUUGCAACAUGUCGAAUUAUGGUGUGCACCAGGAAGGAUACGCAAGUCUCUAAAAGUUCAUAUGUAAUAAAUGAUAUUAAAGGCA